AUGGGAUCAGAUUUAUCUGUGGAAACGUCACUUUCAGACAAAGAGUUGUUUGUUGGACAAGACAUUACUUUUAAGUGUGAAGUGAACAAGUGUGGGGCCUCAGCACAAUGGAAGAAGGAUGGCCGUACAUUGUCAGAGGAUAAGAAGUAUAGCAUUUCCUGGGGGAGAGGAACUAAGGGCGACACAUUUUCUAUAACUAUCAAGAAUGUCCAGUUAAACGAUGACGGCUACUACUCUGUUUAUGUGAGACACAAAGAUGAAAAGGUCAAGAGCACUGCCAGACUCACUGUCAAAGAGAGACUCAAGAUUGUCAAACCCUUUGGUGAUGUAACGGCACAUGGAGGACAGAGGAUUGUUCUCAAGUGUGGGGUGAACAGAGAUGGAGCCACAGCAAAAUGGCUGAGGAACAAUAAGCAGAUGUCUGAGAGUAUAAAUGCUACCAUGACCCAAAGUGGUAACGAGUUUAUUCUGACAAUCGAACAAGCUAAGAGUAAAGUCAAGAUGAUGAAAGAACUCUGUUCGCUGAAAUUGGUCAUUGAUCCCGUUCGGAUCCUUCUGCAUGGACCAAUUGGAGCAGGAAAGUCCAGCUUUGUCAACUCUCUUGAUACCAUCUUCAAGGGAAGGAUCACAGGUAGAGCAUUGGUUGAUGCUGGCACUGAAAAGAGCUUCACUAAAACAUAUAAGGCGUAUAGAUUCCGCCUAACUGGAGAACCUGGAGUUUUGCCUUUUGUUGUCAACGACAUCAUGGGUCUGGAGCAAAAACAAUCUGAUGGGGCUCACACUGAUGAUAUCAUCAAAGCAUUACAAGGUCACAUGAGGGACAACUAUAAGUUUGUUCCAGGAUCUCCAUUGUCUGAGGAAGACCCAGAUUACAUCAGUGAACCCAGUCUGACAGAUAAAGUUCACUGCCUGGUGAGUGUAAUAUCAGCAGAUGCAAUUUCACGGAUGGACAAUAAUGUCAUCAAGAAAAUGAGGGCUAUCAGAGAGAAAGCCAGUGAUAUGGGAAUCCCUCAGGUGGUUGUUUUGACAAUGGUGGAUAAGGCGUGCCAACUGGUAGCCAGUGAUCUGAGUAAGAUCUACUCUAGCGUGAGGAUCAAAGAGAAAAUUGAAGAGUGUCAUACCAGAGUUGGUGUCCCAAUGAACUGCAUUUUUCCAGUGAAGAACUAUCAUGAUGAAAACUGUCUGGAUCCAGAGGUUGAUUGUCUGAUUCUUGCUGCUUUAAUCCAGAUAUUACAUUUGGCGGAUGACUACCUGUUUGACCUGUAUUAUUCAGAAGGUCCACCUCCCAAAGGAAGGGCAAAUAGCCCAUAG